AUAUUCCCGUCGAUACAAAUGCAGGUUGAUUAAGAAUGUCAACCUUCGCUGAUAAUUUUUGGGGAGAAAAGAACAAUGGCUUUUUCAUACUGUACCAGACUAUGAAACAUGGCCAGAUCUCCAGCAAAGAGUUGAUUGAAUUCUUGAGAGAGAGUUGUCAAGUAGAAGAAACAUACAGCAAACUGCUGAGCAAACUGGCCAAAAAUGUUGCCAAUAGUUCUCAUGUUGGAACCUAUGCCCCAUUCUGGAAUAUUCUCAAGUCUCUGGUGGAGAAGCUGGCCAAUCUACACAUGCAGUUAGUACACACCUGGUCUGACCUAAUUAAAGACAUAGUGCGCUACUAUGAGGAACAGCACAAGAGACACAAAGCAAUGAAAGAAGAAGAAUCAGAGACUUUAAAUGCAGUACAGUCUAUACAGCAAACCAUUGUAGCAGUACACAAAGCAAAAGAACUUUACCACACAAGAUGCAUAGAACUGGAAAGACUAAAGAGGGAUAAUGCAUCACAAAAAGAUCUCGAAAAGUCAGAAACAAAGUACAAGAAAGCAAGAGAUGAAUACAAAAGUUUGAUAGACAAAUAUGCAACAGUCAGAAGUGAAUUUGAAACCAAGAUGACAAGUUCUUGUUGUCAUUUUCAAGAAAAAGAAGAAGAACAUAUUAGUCAGAUGAAAGAUUUCAUUGAUACCUAUGCAAGGAGUUGGGAAAAUCAACAUGUUGUACUUGGACAGGCAUAUAGUGAAUUAAAAAGAAACUGUGAUGAACUGUCAAUACAAAAACUUUUAGAUGCAUUUGUAGAAGCUAAAAAAACUGGAACUACAAAACCAGGUCCACUCGUCUUUCAGGAACCAGAUUUAUCAAACCUUGCACCCCAGCGACCAAUGUCCCCAGAUCCUCUUGAUAAAAGAGAUAGUUUAUCUGAUAAACAAAAACAAGGUUCAGUGAAAUCUGUGAAGGAUGGUAUUGGAGAUUCUAGCAGCAGUCCCAGCCCAGUGCUGUCCGAUCAGCCGGGGCCGCUGAGUAGAAGUGUGAAACUGCGAGUCUCACGAACAUGGUUUUUAAAAUCUAACAAGAAGAAAAAAGAAAAAUCAAAGAAGAAAAAGAAAGAAAAAGAUGACAAAGACAGUGAAUCAAUAGAAACCGAAAGUCAAGAUGGUACCACACCUGAAGUUGAAGUUGAUGAAGAAGGUUACCGAAUACGACCGAAUGAUCCAAUGGAUAAUAAUGGUGACAAAAACAGCUGGUACUCGAGUGAAAGUGACUCCGAUUCAGAUAUGGACGAAUUCCGGAAAAAAAUCAAAGUCCAGAUUCGUCCUUUAAGUCCUAACAGUGCUAAUGCAACAGGGACAAUUGAAGAUAUCAGGGCAUCAGUGGAGGGCCUCCGCCUGUCACCAACAGCAACGAGAAAGAAAAGUCAGUCAUCAGAUAAGAAGAUUCGCCGGUCACAGUCUGAGUCAGAUACUCUAGAUAAACCCUGUCAAGACCUCUUAAAUCUUGACCUUUUUGCAGCAUCCAGUGCUUCCACGCCCACAGGGGCUAUUAAUUAUAAUAUACCGUCACCCAUGUCACUACAGACAGAAAUCAACUGGAACUCAUCUUCUCCCAGCACUAUUACCUCUCCUAGUACAUCCAACACACCACAUUUUGAUUUAUUUAGUCCCAGUCCAGACGUUCCAGACAGCAGUAUAACAGGGAAGACAACUCCAUUAGGUUCAAGUUUUAUUUCAUCACCACCAACUGUUCCUGGUCCCUCAACAUCAAUAGCCAGACCACCGUCUAGAAACAAAGGAAUAAUACCUCAGCUUUCCAAACAAGCCAGUCAGGGCAGUCCUGUUGCCCCAGUGUCUCGGUCAGAGAGCGGAUGUAGUGUAACAUUUAACACGACCUCCAUGCCGAUAGGGUCAUCUCGAGGACCCAGUCCUUUGACCAUCGGCAUGUCCGACAACAUUCCACUGGCAGUGGCGUUCACAGAGACCGUCAAUGCUUAUUUCAAGGGCCAUGAUGCCACCAAAUCCAUGUCUGAGGAAGAUGUUGGUAGCAGAUGUGUUGUAAGAAUUGCUGGCAAUGUAAUGAUGUCUUUCCCAGCUGGAGUAGUGAAAGUCUUCACAGAAAAUCCAUCACCUGCUAUGCUUAGUUUUAGAAUAAAGAAUAUUUCCAAGUUGGAAAACAUAACUCCAAAUUCAGAACUUAUUGUUCAAGAUGCAUCUGAGAGUAGCAGUUUUCAACAUGUCUACACAUUUCACAUGUCUGCUCUGGUUGACCACCUUCGUCAGCAAGGAGAACAGAACAAAUCAGCGUCAUACUUCAAUGUAGACAUACUCAAAUAUCAAGUAAAAACUUAUCCUGGUGUUGAAAGUACACCAUUGCCGCUGGUGGUAUACUGGAAGUGUGAUGAGACCAACACAGAUUACCGUCUAGACUACCGCUACAACUCAUCAUCCAUGAGCACGCUGUCCACACUGAAGAAUGUCACAGUAGCCGUGAACAUCACUGGAGGGGUUACCAAGAUGCAAAGCAUCCCAUCUGGCCAAUGGAGUGAAGAACAUAACCGAGCCACCUGGAAACUAAAUGAUAUCUCUGAAGUGAGUGAAGAAGCCACCCAGGGCUGUAUACGUGCCAAGUUUGAGCUGAAGUCAGGGCCCAGUAUACCAUCAACAACAGCCUUACAGUUUGCUUCAGAUGGGAGCACCAUUUCGGGGGUGGAAUUUGAGUUGGUUGGAUCUGGUUACAGGAUAUCUUUAGCCAAGAAAAGAUUUGCAUCAGGAAAGUAUUAUGUGGAUCCUGAACCUGACUUGAAGUAUGUAUGAUGAAGAAUUCAUUUAGCUGAUUUAAUAUAUUUAAAAAGACUUUUAUAAACUCCUUGUUGAACUUUACAGAGAAGAAGACUGUGUCUAGAGAAGUCAUCACACCAUUGCAUUGCUAAUAGUGAAAGAAAACUAAUCCUUUGUGAGGAAAAUAUCAUUGGAUAAUUCAUCACCACUGACUAAAUGUUUGUUCAACCUGAGUGCACUUUGUUAAGUCAAAGGAUAUCUCCAGAUUAUCAUCAUCACUGCAUAGUAUCCACAGUUAACUUAAUAUCAUGUUAGAUUAUCAUGGUGUUACAAUUAUUGCUACAUCAACUUCUUAACAAAUUUUGUUGGACUGAGACUAAGACUGAGAAAUUUUCUUUGAAAAAAAAAAAAAUCUUGUUGUAUUUUAAGAUGAUUAUGAUUUCAGAUAAUUCAUUAAUAUUGUAUCAUCAACAGUUAACCGUACUAUCAAAGAUAGAAAGGUUACUACUAUAUUAAAUUAAUAAGUUACUUCCUUUUUGAAGAUAUAUCUAUUAUUAAUGUCUUCAGAUUGGUUAUUACCAUGGAAUCACUAAUAAUUAUUCACCUUUUAAUGUGAAUGAGCUUUAACUUGCUAAGGUGGGGAUACAUUUAAGAGGUGGUCACAACUGCUUUGCUAAGGCAGGCUUUUCUUAGAGAAAUUGAUGCCAUUACAUUGCCAACCACUACCUUAAUUGCAUCUUGCAUCUUAAUAUGAUGUCUCCAUCACCACUAAAUUACCAACAGUUAUAUCUCGUUAUUUAAUUUUUUUUAAAUAUAUUAGUUUUAGUGUCCCUACUUUUCACAUGGAUUUUGUUUGGAAUAUGUUUUGUACUAACAUCAAAUUAUACCUAAACCCAUGUUAACCAUGUUUGAAUAUCACAUACUCAAUGUCCCCUCUUCCCGCCCCACGAUUAAUAUAUUGUUUUAGUUCAAACAAAGUCAUUAAUCUUUUCUUCUUCUUUUUUUCUGACUGAAUUUGUAGAUUUCACCUUGAUUAGACUGGAUUCUUAAACAAGGUUGAGUUAUCAGCUGAUUUGUUGUAUUCAUGUUAUUUAAUAUCUUUCUGCUAUAUUUGUUAUGUACUUGAGAAGUUAAAAUUACAAGAGUAUGCUCCAAUUGCCUAAUUGUAAGUGUUACAAAUCAUCAUGGCAAGUUGUACCUUGAAAACUUGAGAAUAAAUUAUAUAUAUAUAUGUAUAUAUAUAUAUAUAUAUAUAUAUAUAUAUAUAUAUAUAUAUAUAUAUAUAUAUAUAUAUAU